GCUCGGUUCACCUUGCCGGCGACGCGGGCUCUCGCGCUUCGCUCCGCGCGCGUCUCUUCCGUGGGGUCCGAGGCCCCGCUCCGCCAUGAACCGGUGCGCCGAGGCGGCGGCCGUGGCGGCCACGGUGCCGGGCGCGGGCGUGGGGAGCGCGGGGAUGCGGCCGCAGAUGGUGCCCCGCCAGGCGUCCUUCUUCCCACCGCCCGUGCGCAACCCCUUCGUGCAGCAGACGCGCCUGGGCGCGGGGAGGCGCAUCCAGACUUUCUUUCUUGGAAUUGUCCUGCUUCCGGUUCGUGCCUUACUGCUUGGCUUAGUUUUAUUACUGGCGUGGCCAUUUGCUGCGAUUUCAACAGUAUGCUGUCCUGAUAAGCCGACCCAUCCAAUAACUGGUUGGAGGAGGAAAAUUACUCAUCCCGUUUUGAAGUUUCUGGGCCGGGCCAUGUUCUUCUCGAUGGGGUUUUCAGUUACUGUGAAAGGGAAGAUCGCAAGUCCCGUGGAAGCCCCGAUUUUUGUCGUGGCCCCCCACUCCACAUUCUUCGAUGGGAUUGCCUGUGUCGCCGCGGGGUUACCUUCCAUGGUUUCUCGCAACGAGAAUGUGCAGGUGCCUCUGAUUGGCAGACUGUUACGGGCUCUGCAGCCAGUGUUGGUAUCCCGCGUAGACCCGGAUUCCCGAAAAAACACAAUAAAUGAAAUCAUAAGGCGAGCAACCUCAGGAGGGGAAUGGCCCCAGAUACUAGUUUUCCCAGAAGGUACUUGUACUAAUCGCUCCUGUUUGAUUACUUUUAAACCAGGCGCCUUCAUCCCGGCGGUGCCCGUGCAGCCAAUCCUCCUCCGAUACCCCAACAAGCUGGACACUGUGACGUGGACAUGGCAAGGAUAUACAUUCUUUCAGCUGUGUGUGCUCACCUUCUGCCAGCCCUACACGAGGGUGGAAGUUGAGUUUAUGCCUGUUCAAGCACCGAAUGACGAAGAAAAAAGAGACCCUGUCCUAUUUGCUGGUAGAGUCCGGAAUUUGAUGGCAGAAGCUCUGGAAAUCCCCGUAACCGAUCACACCUAUGAAGACUGCAGGCUGAUGAUCUCGGCCGGGCAGCUCACCCUGCCUAUGGAAGCCGGGCUGGUGGAAUUUACCAAGAUCAGCCGGAAAUUGAAACUGGAUUGGGAUGGCAUCCGCAAGCACUUGGAUGAAUAUGCGACUAUUGCGAGCUCGUCCAAAGGGGGAAGAAUUGGAAUCGAAGAGUUUGCGGAGUAUUUGAAGCUGCCUGUUUCCGACGUGCUGAGACAGCUGUUCGCGCUCUUUGACAGGAACCACGACGGCAGCAUCGACUUCCGGGAGUACGUGAUCGGCCUGGCUGUGCUGUGCAACCCCGCCAACACCGAGGAGAUCAUCCAGGUGGCCUUCAAGCUCUUUGACCUUGAUGAGGACGGCUACAUCUCAGAGGAAGAGUUUUCCACCAUUCUGCAGGCUUCCCUCGGGGUGCCCGACCUCGAUGGUUCUGGUCUCUUCAAGGAGAUAGCCCAGGGCGAUUCUGUGUCCUAUGAGGAAUUUAAAAGCUUUGCCCUGAAGCACCCGGAAUAUGCGAGGAUCUUUACGACGUACUUGGAACUGCAGGCCGGCCACGUGUUCUCCUUACCGGAGGAGGGCCCCGCAGCGCCCGCCACGGCCAGUAAUAAAGUCAGUCCCGAGAGCCGCGAGGAGAGCCCCUCAGACAAGAAAGACGACUGAGAGCGGGCAUCCCAGGAAGGAGGACGGAGCGGUUUUCCCCCGAGAUCAGGGCGGCGUUGAUCAGUCGUGUUGUAAAUAUGAUUUGUGGAGUCAUGGCGAUGUAUACACUGGAAAACUCUGUCCUGGCUGGGUGGCUCCGUUGGCUGACCAUCCUCCCAUGCACCAAAAGGUUUCAGGGCACAUACCUAGGUUGUGGGUUCCAUCCUGGGUUGGGGCAUGUGCAGGGGUGGGCAACCGAUCUAUGU